AAUACAGAACGACCGAAAUGAAAGAAUGAUUAUGCUGCCCUUCUAUUUUAUUUUUAUUUUUUCUGGGGUGUGUGUGACUUUGGGAUUCAAAUGUUCCAACAACACAUCAAGAAUCCAGAAACCAAGAAACAGAGCCGUCGAAUUCCGUUCGUUGCCUUUUAGAAUAUCGAGAAAAUCAAGAAGAAGAGGAAGCGGGUACGUCGUCCUCGCCCGCCUGCAUUCUUGGUUCCAUCUGCUGGAAUUUGAGGGGACAAACGUGACCAUGAGAUUCAAGAAAGGAAGUAAAGUGGAAGUAUGGAGCACAAAGGAGAUGCCCGUGGGUUCCUGGCAAUGUGCUGAAGUAACUUGUGGUGACGGCCACACUUAUACAGUUCAAUACUGCAGCUAUGGCAGCGCAUCCGGUGAGGCUACAAUGGAGAGGGUAUCUGGAAAGGCAAUCAGACCUUGCCCACCUGCACUGCAGACGUUGCACAUGUGGGGUCCAGGUGAUAUUGUGGAGGUUUUCGAGAAUUUCUCCUGGAAAAUGGCAAUAGUGUUGAAGGUCCUUGGGCGAAGUAACUUUCUGGUGAGACUACUUGGAUCACCUAGGGAGUUUGGUGUUGGCAACGCUCACAUAAGGUCGAGGCAGUUGUGGAAGGACGGCAGGUGGAUUGUGAUCAGACAGAUUCCUGCCAUUGCUGAUGACCGGAGAGGUGACCUAUGUCAAAACUCGAUGCGCGAUCAAAGUCCCAGCCACAGUAUUCAAAUUGCAAAUGUACAGACGAAAGCAUCUAUUAGAGAUGGCUGCAUUCCCAUAAAAAAGAGACGAGUAUUUGAGGAGUCCCAUGAUACUUUGAAAACAGAAUCGCCAUAUGACUGUUCUAGGGUUGAAUCGCCUGCUGGAGCUUCAAAGAAACGUAGAGCAAUUGACAAAGAAGGAAGAUGUUACCCAGUCAGUGCAACUCGAUGUACACCAGUAGAAAGGGUUGAUUCUGCAGCAUUUCAGCGAGAAACUUGUGGUGAAAACACUGUAUGUGCCCAUUCAAAGAAAGAAGCAGCCGUAUUAUCCAAAGUAGACGAGUGUAGAAUGAAACCAAGUGGGGAUGUUGGUUGUCCUUAUCCAUUGCAAUCAAGGUCUGAUGAUGCUGACCGUGUGACAUGCUCCGUUGGAAGUUGUACUGUUGCUAGUGAAUCAUCCAGUAACUUUUCUGCAGACCCUUUUGACGAUGUUAAUAGUUAUGCCAAUGAGAUGGAAUUGACUAGAUGGCAGAAUAAAGAACAGGUAUUGAAGGCCGAAAUCCACAGAUUAGAGUUACAUGCAUAUCGUUGCACAUUAGAGGCAUUGUAUGCAUCGGGACCUCUAAGUUGGGAGCAAGAAGCAUUGAUUUCUAAUCUUCGUCUUUCGCUUCAUAUAUCAGAUGAUGAACACUUGUUGGAGCUCAGAAACUUGGUCUUUUCGGAUUCCAUCAUUCCGCUGGGUGGACAGGCAAAAGAGCAGAGAACAGAGUAUGUCACUACUAAAUUGCCAAAGGUGGUGUCUCCAUCGGCCACCUCUCUCUUCUUGAAGCAAUGGAAUGCAAAGGUUAUCAGAUGGCUAUCAUUGCAGAAGAUGGUGGCAUUCUUCAAUUUUUAAGCCCGCCUCUCCAGGAAUAUUGACAUGUAUUAGAUGCCCUGUCGGAAGCUUUAAGGUUUAGCUCGACUCUUUUCACUUUAGCUGGUACACGUGCAGAUUCUGUUGAUUUUAUGUGCUACGACGUGUGUCGUGAUGCUCCUUUUCCAAAACUUUUAUGCUUGAUGGACUGUGUUCCUGUCCAGCUUCCUCAUAUUAUUUCAGUAGAAAGCUCUCUCAUAUGCAUUAUCAGCUAUAUUGUGGUUCGUUUAUGACAAGAUAAACAAAUGCGGUUCAAACCCGCAAUGCUGCAGCUGAUGCAGAGUGCAAAACAUGUACAUUCUCUACAACUUAACAUGAAUUGAGACGAA